CAGACAUACCAAGAGACAGACAGUCGGGACGUCUUACAAGCCUCUAACAUGUCGGGCAUUGCAGCGAAGCUUCAGCACAACCGAGAGCGAUCCCAUGGAAUUGGAUCCAACUCAAACGCGGUGAAAUACCUGAACCAGGACUUCGAGUCGCUGAGGAGAAGCUGUCUGGAGAGAGGUCAGCUGUUUGAGGAUGACUGCUUUGAGGCUCUGCCCUCAUCCUUAGGCUUCAAUGAACUGGGACCGAAUUCCUACAAAACUCGGGGGAUCACCUGGAAGAGACCCAUGGAGCUAUGUUCCAAUCCAAAAUUCAUUGUCGAAAACGCGACCAGGACUGAUAUUUGUCAAGGAGCGCUUGGUGACUGCUGGCUCCUGGCAGCCAUCGCCUCCUUGACUCUCAACAAACAGGUUUUGUCUCGGGUUGUCCCCCAUGACCAAAGCUUUGAGGAGAACUAUGCUGGCAUCUUUCACUUUGAGUUCUGGCAGUUUGGUGAAUGGGUGGACGUAGUGGUCGAUGACCGUUUGCCCACCAGAGAUGGAAAGCUGCUGUUUGUUCACUCAGCAGAGGGCUCUGAGUUUUGGAGCGCACUGCUGGAGAAGGCCUAUGCCAAGCUGAAUGGAUGCUACGAGGCUCUUUCUGGAGGCAGCACCACUGAGGGUUUUGAGGACUUCACCGGAGGCAUUGCUGAGCGGCACGACCUGAGCACGGCAGAUCCCCAUCUUUUCAAAAUCAUUAAGAAGGCCCUGGACAGAGGCUCCCUUCUGGGAUGCUCCAUUGAUAUCACCAGCGCGUCUGACUCAGAAGCUGUCACGUAUCGUAAGCUUGUGAAGGGCCACGCCUAUUCAGUGACAGGAGCAGAGCAGGUGGAGUACAGAGGAGACAUGGUGCAGCUGAUCAGGAUUAGAAACCCAUGGGGUCAGGUGGAGUGGAAUGGAGACUGGAGUGACAAUUCUUCCGAAUGGAGAUAUGUGAGUGACGAUGAUCGGGAGAGGCUGACUAACCGUUCUGAGGAUGGGGAGUUCUGGAUGUCAUUUCCUGACUUCCUGCGCCAUUAUUCUCGCCUUGAGAUCUGUAACCUCACCCCUGAUGCUCUCACAGGCGACGAGUACAAGAAAUGGGCAGAGACAGAGUUUGAAGACACAUGGAGAAGGGGCGUGUCAGCUGGUGGCUGCAGAAACUAUCCAAAUUCCUUCUGGAUGAAUCCUCAGUUUGUCAUUAAGCUGGAUGAGGUGGAUGACGACCCCGAUGAUGGCGAGGAGGGCUGCACCUUCAUUGUGGGCUUGAUGCAGAAGAACAAGCGCCGUAUGAGGAAAAUGGGGGAGGACAUGGAGACCAUCGGCUUUGCCAUCUAUGAGCUGCCUGAGGAGUACUCUGGCCAAAGGCAAGUGCACCUGAAGAAAAACUUCUUCCUGCGCAGCUGUUCAGCAGCACGCUCUGAGACCUUCAUCAACCUGCGGGAAGUGUGCAGCCGCCUCUGUCUUCCCCCUGGAGAAUACCUCAUCGUCCCCUCCACCUUUGAACCCAACAAGAAUGGAGACUUUUAUGUGCGGGUGCUCUCAGAGAAACAGGCUGAUUUCCAAGAGAUUGAUGAUCCUGUGGACUGCAAUGUAGAGGAGAUUGAUAUUGAUGAAGAUGACAUCAGCAGCAGAUUCAGGAGACUGUUUGGACAGCUUGCCGGAGAUGAUGUGGAGAUUUCUGUAUUCGAGCUGCAGAGAAUCCUCAACAGAGUGGUGACGAAGCGAGAUGACAUCAAAACCAAUGGGUUUAGCCUCGAGACUUGCCGCAGCAUGGUCAAUCUGCUGGAUAAAGAUGGAAGCGGCAAGCUGGGACUGGUAGAAUUUAAGAUCCUGUGGACAAAGAUUGAGAAGUUCCUGGAUCUAUACAAAGACAGAGACACGGACCAAAGUGGUUGUAUGAGCGCCUCUGAGAUGCGGUCAGCUGUUGAGGCUGCUGGUUUCACCCUCAACAACCCUCUGCAUCAGAUAAUUGUGGCCCGCUACAGCGAAUCAGACCUCACCAUUGACUUUGACAACUUUGUGGGCAGCCUGGUCCGUUUAGAGUCACUCUUCAAAACCUUCAAGGCCCUGGACAAGGAUGGGUCUGGUGAGAUAGAGCUGGGUUUCAUGGAGUGGCUGAAUCUGGUGAUGGUGUAGAGGAGCUCUGAGUGUUUGCAGUUGAAGAAUCCUUCUUGUGUUGAACAGUCAUGGUAUCUACAUAUUUACAUGUUUUCCAGUGAAUGUCAGUUUGUGUCUCGUAUACAACUUAAUCAAUGGAUACUAAUUUUGAGAGAAAAUGAUAAGUGAGGGUUUGAUUAUCCACAAACAUAAUUAAUCCACAAUCUCCUACAAAUAAUAAUGUGUUUAUUUGGU